AUGAAAAAUAAAGUGAUUUUGAUAGCAUUUAAUUUAAUAUUUUUGAUUGACAAUGCAUCAACAGACGAAUCAUUACAACCUAGUACAGAAUUAUAUUCAAUUGAAGGAAAAGUUUAUCCUCCGGAUCCCAUUUUAAGCAAUGGCCUCGUAGAAGAUUGGCAAAUACAAACACGAAUAAUGGGUAAUGGGGGUGAAUACAGAGGAUUUCUCAGGGCAGAUGGUAAUUUUGUAAUUAGUAAUGUUCCUUCUGGUUCAUAUAUAAUUGAAGCAGUUCAUCCUGAUUACUCAUUCGAACCAGUUAGAGUUGAAAUUAAUUUUAAAGGAAAAUUUAGAGCAAGAAAAGUAAAUUUUGUUCAAACAUCAAAAGUCAUUCAACUACCUUAUCCUCUUAAAAUGAAACCAUUAGCAAGAUUUAAAUAUUUCCAAGUUCGAGAGCAGUGGAGAGCUACAGACUUUCUUUUCAGCCCGAUGGUCCUAAUGAUGGUCUUACCUUUAUUAUUAAUUAUGAUAAUACCCAAAGUCAUGAACGAUCCAGAAGCCAGAAGGGAUAUGGAAUUAUUAAACAAUUCAAUGAAAUAUGACAUGCCAGAAAUGUCAGAAGUUAUUACUUCUUUCUUCUCCGGUGGUGAAAAACCUAAAUCGAAAGAGAAAAAUGCAAAAGCAUCAAAGAAAAAAGUUUAA